AUGGUUCACCUUUACGUCCUCAACCCCACUCAAAAGCUUCGUUUUGUUUCCAGGCUGAUCCUGAAGGGAUCAAAACGUAUAUUGAAACAGGUCAAUAAGCAAGACACAAGUAGCCGAGCUUCAUCAUCGUCAUCGUCAUCGGUUACAGAUGUAGAGGCUAAACGCAGGCAGAAAAUUAGUAUCUAUGAUCUCAUCAAAGACGAUUUGCCAUCGGUCCCGGAGGGAGGCCUUACUCGCAAUGCCAAAUACUACAUGGACGAAUCAGAGGGUGGAUUCUGCGUGUUUCGCGUAGAGAACACGCUGUUCAAGGUCCACAAGUGUUACCUUCUCAGGGAGCCGUCAGCAUUUGGCGAUAUGUUCAGUCUUCCAAAUAUUCCUGGUAUUCGGGAGGGCACCUCAGAUGAAGUAGCUAUCCCGCUUUGGGAUACCGCCCAGCAAUUUGAAGAUUUAUUAUGGGUCUUGUAUGCAAUACCCAGCCAACUAUUUUCCUGCAACGAGGCAGACGAGCCUUCGCUCGAACGGUUACUUAACAUAGCCGAAAUGACCAACAAAUACUGCAUCGCCUCAUAUGAAUCUUGGUCCCUUCAAAAACUCUAUAUGCUUGCGCAGAACCCCGCAGGAUUCCUCCGCACUUCUCCUGCAUCAGCAUGUGCUCGCGCACUCGAUAUCGCUGCCCUAUGUAAUGACCAGAAACUUCUCGACAUGAUUUGUCACCGCCUCAUCCCUCGUAUUCUAUGGUCGGACGUGGAGCGCGAACCUUUCCUCAAAGUGGCCGAAACUCGCGGGCUUCGAAAGCUGCAAGGCGUGUUGUACUACAAGGAGUUGAUCGAGAUGGACAGGGCCUCAGCCAGUAGCAAUAAACAAACAUCACCCAACCGCCUUAUCUUUCCUCCUGAUAUGAACGUUCGGAAGCGCAUGUGCUUUUUUUCUGCCCACUAUUCACUCUGCGGUCUGUGGGAGUGCGUUGCGAUGGACGCCCCGACAUUUAUCGAUCAUGGAUGCCCCUCACACGCCGAGUGUCUCUCGGCCUGGUCAGCAAUGUGGACGGAGGCUGCUUGUGCGCACCAGACGAUGCGUCAUAGUUCCGUUGAUGUCCUUGGAAGGCUGAAAGCCAUGAUGCUCAUAUUGAAAAAGACCGUCAGAGAGUCCGAGUCCAUGACUUUGGGCUGUACACUCGCUGCGCUAGAGUCCAUCACGCUGACAAGAGAUGAUAUCAUUGCUGGAUUGAUGGAUCAUUUCCAAGAUUUCUGA